UGGGGCCCCCGGGCAAUAGGGGAUCAUAGAGCCCCUGUGUCCUUGCCCAAACACAAAAAAGCCUAUGAAAAAGGUACCAGGGGCAUCUCAUGGGGCCCCCUACUGACCCGGGCCCUCGGGCAGUGCCCGAGUUUCCAAAUGGUCAGUCCGCCCCUGAUCAGUACUAAUCACCCAGUGAUCUGUUCAGCAGAGCACUGUUUAAAGCUUGUAGGAGUUUUCUUUCUGCUCUGGGAGGAUGAAGAUCCCUUGACCUCUGUCUAGACAGUGCUAAUUGGCCCUGUGUUGAUCACAUGCACUCUUCCAGGAAAAAAAUAACUCUCUAGCAAUA